AUGCGGGAGGCGAAGCUGGAGCCCGACAUCAUCAGCUACAGCGCUGGGAUCAGCGCGUGCGAGAAGGGCGGGCAGUGGCAGCGGGCGCUUGCGCGGAUGAGCGAGAUGCGGGAGGCGAAGCUGGAGCCCAGCGUCAUCAGCUACAACGCCUGGACCAGCGCGUGCGAGAAAGGGCGAGCAGUGGAAGUGGGCUCUGGCGCUGCUGAGCGAGAUGUGGGACCUGAAGCUUUCGCCCAACGCACCCAGCUACAGCCCUGCGAUCGUCACUUUGCUUGGGAGAGACGAUGCGACAGGCGAGUCAGCUACACUGUACACUGUUUAGGAACA